AUGACCUUCGUCGUAGACGAUAACGUUGAAGUUUCUGCUUCUGAGGAAAGACUGAUCUCAACGGCAGCGUAUCCCUUCAUUUUCUUCACUGUGGUUUCCACAAUUCUUUCUCCAACAGGCUUCUUUUUGACAACUUUCUUCUUCUGUGUGGUUGGAGUGGACUCCUUUUCUGCGAAAUCCAUUGUCUCGAUUGCCUCCAAAGACUUGAACGGCCGUUUGUCGAUCAAAAUCUGCGCCACAGAUGGGAGAACACCAGCAAUAUCCACAAUGUCUCUCUUUUCUCCAGUAUUGAGGAAAUUGAGCACCUUCUCGUCAAACUCCAGAUCCACCACGUCCUCGGCCUCGGAUUCUUCCAUGCUGUCGUCGUCGACCUCCUCUGGCUCCUCAUCAUCUAAUACAACAGGCUCCAGUUCUUCGCUAUCAGAGAUUGUCACGACAGAUGGUUUUUGA